UUCUGUAGUUACUUGCAGAUUUUGCACAUAAAACAAGAUGUCGGGCCUCAAUUUGACCGUGCGUGUGCACCCUGUCGUGCUGUUCCAGGUGGUGGAUGCCUACGAACGCCGUAACGCCGACUCCCAUCGAGUCAUCGGCACUCUCUUGGGUUCUGUAGAUAAAGGCGUCGUCGAGGUUACAAAUUGUUUUUGCGUGCCGCACAAGGAGCACGACGACCAAGUCGAGGCGGAGUUGAGCUAUGCCCUGGACAUGUACGACCUAAACCGCAAGGUUAAUUCCAACGAGAGCGUGGUCGGCUGGUGGGCCACUGGCAACGAUGUGACUAAUCACAGCUCCGUCAUACACGAAUAUUAUGCGCGGGAGUGCAACAAUCCGGUCCAUCUGACUGUGGACACUUCGUUGCAGGGCGGUCGCAUGGGUCUGCGCGCCUAUGUUUGCAUUCAGCUGGGGGUGCCUGGCGGCAAGAGCGGUUGCAUGUUUACACCCAUUCCUGUUGAGCUAACUAGCUACGAACCAGAGACAUUCGGUCUGAAGCUGCUGCAGAAGACAGUAGGCGUGUCACCAGCCCAUCGGCCCAAGACUGUACCACCGAUGCUAGAUUUGGCACAGAUCUCUGAAGCAUCGCAGAAGUUGCAGUCGCUGCUGGACCUUAUAUUGAAGUACGUGGAGGAUGUGAUCGCGCAUAAGGUGACACCGGACAACGCUGUAGGACGCCAAUUGCUCGACCUUAUUCACUCCGUGCCACACAUGACCCACGAGCAAUUUACGCAGAUGUUUAACGCCAAUGUACGUGAUCUCCUGAUGGUCAUCACACUUUCGCAAUUGAUUAAGACUCAGCUGCAACUGAACGAGAAACUUACUUUCCUGCCCACAGCUUAGGGUAUUACCAGUACUGGUUUUUGUCAAUAUAAGAGCAAAGUUUAUAAAUCGUCUGUACGUUCUCUUAAUGCAUUUGUGUAAUAAAGUGCUAAUACUUGGAUCAGAA